CUGCAAGUGAGGAUAACAUUUUGGCACUAUGGCUGAAUUGCGGCGCGCGUCGCAGGCGUCUGAGGACUCGCAAACUGCAGCAGACUUCAUUCGAGAACAGCUCCACCUUGAAGCAGAGGCUCGCGAAGCUCUUCCCUAUCAAUUCGAUACUUGCACACGUCCCCUCGGUGCAAUUCGACAGAGCCUCUUCUCGUGCCUCACUUGCAACCCGCCUCCACCCGAUAGCUCCGCACCAUACACAGCCGCUGGUGUCUGCUACUCAUGCUCUAUAUCAUGCCACGGUGAGCAUACACUAGUCGAGCUUUUCGGAAAGCGCAACUUCGUUUGCGACUGCGGAACUUCGCGACUCCCCGAGACCGCUCCAUGUCAGCUCCAAAUCAACUCAAAGACGGGACUCAAGGGCGGCGUCACGGGCGAGGAGCCAGCCCAGGGCAAUCGAUACAACCAGAACUUCCGGAAUAGGUUUUGCGGAUGCGGCGAAGAAUACGAUCCGAACCAGGAGAAGGGAACGAUGUUCCAGUGUCUUGGGCUUGGCUAUGCGGAAGACGGAGGGUGCGGUGAAGAUUGGUGGCAUCCUGAAUGUAUUAUUGGAAUGAGUAGGGAGGAUUAUAAGAGAUACGUGGAGGAAGAGAAGGCAAGGAAAACGGAGAUUUCGCCGAAGAAAGAGACGGAGAAUGUCAAGCGAGAAAGCAACACCGAGCCGACGGGGGAACAGAGCCGCGAUCAGGCUGUGACAGAUGAACCAAGGGCCGCCAUUGAAGAAGAAGAGGACGACGACACCCCGCUCCCUCCUGGAUUCCCAGACGAGGAUGACUUCGACCACUUCCUCUGCUACAAAUGUGUAGAACGACAUCCAUGGAUCAAGAGAUACGCGGGUGCCCCAGGAUUCCUACCGCCCGUUUUCCACCGCCCUUCUACCGGAUCCCCGGCUGAUCUAGGGCCAUCCUCUGCUCCCUCCGAGCCCACCAGCGUCGAUUCAAAGAAACGCAAAGCUGAAGACGAUGCCCCCGAAGAAACCUCUCCAUCUCUCCUGUCCGCGACUCCAGCGGUUAAGCGCCAGAAAUCAGUCCACCCCUCCACCACCCUCCCACCCGUCCCCGAGUCAAGCGACAUUCCAUGCAGAUGCGACGUCCUCCCUCCGGCCCCAUCAGCCCCCUUAUCUCUCUUCCUCAAGGCCGACUUCCGCACCCACAUCUGCCACUGUCCCAGUUGUUUUCCCCUCCUAAAACCGCACCCCCAACUCCUCGAAGAAGAAGAAACAUAUGAACCCCCCGUCAGCGAAGACGGCGAUGCCACAAACGGCUCCGCUUCCAUAGGUACGGGAUCCAUCUACGACCGCGGCGAGGCUGCUUUCAGCAGUAUGGAUCGCGUCAGGGCGAUGCAGGGCGCGAUGGCGUAUGCGCAUUUGAAGGAUAGUUUGAAGGCGUUUCUGCAGCCGUUUGCGGAGAGUAAGACGGCUGUAGGAGCGGAGGAUAUUAAGGCCUAUUUCGAGAAGUUGAGGGGAGAUGAGCAGGGGAUUAGGGAGGCGAAGGGCGGUGCAGAGGCAGGCAGGAAGGGGGAUGGGGAGGGUGGUGGUGGGGAGGGUGAUAAUAGGAGGGAGCAGAGUGGGUAUUAG